CAAUAUCGCCUCUCUCUCAUAAUACAUAUUAUUUAAUCAUUAAAAAGAAGAGAUAAUGAUGAUAUCUCAGAGCCUUCAGUUUCAGCUAGCAUUCCAACCUUCAUCAUCAAGAUUUGGUAUGAAAAUAACUUAUAAAAACCAUGGAAUCAGGCCAUCAGCAUCCAUCAAUGUAAAUCAAUUUUCCGAUCAGGUCGGUGUCAAUCACCGGCGAUCAGCCGAUUACCAUCCCACCAUUUGGGAUCCAAAGCUUAUUCAAUCAUUAACCACCUCUUACACCUAUGAAGUACACGGAAACAGAUUGGAUAAAUUGAAGGAGCAAGUUAGCACGUUGCUAAAAUCCACCAAGGACGUGUCAAUCCUCUUGAAGCUCAUCGACUCUAUCCAACGGUCCGGGGUGGCUUACCAUUUCAAUCAAGAAAUCGACGCCGCUUUUGACCUCGUCACGUCGUUUGUUGCCAAUGGAAGCUGUCUUUCAACAACCGCACUGCGGUUUCGUCUUCUACGCCAACGUGGUCAUUUCGUAAGCACAGAUGUAUUUGAUGAAUUCAAGGAUGAAAAUGGGCACUUUUUAGAAAGACUAAGUGAUGAUCUAGAAGGGCUCUUGAAUUUAUAUGAGUCUUCGUUUCUCGGGAUGUGUGGGGAAGAUGAUGACAUAAAAGAAGCCAGAGAUUUUAGUGUGAAACAUCUCAAAUCAUUUAUGUUAACUCGUCUUGAUUAUGAUAAUAUGAAUAUGAGAAACAUAGUAGAAGAUGCAUUAUCAGUCCCUCUGCACUGGAGGACCCCAAGAUUGGGAGCUAGAAACUUCAUUGAUCAGUUUAAAGUUUGUGGCAGAAUUAAUUCUUGGGUCCUACUUGAGUUGGCAACUUUGGAUUAUAAUCUUGUGCAGUCAAUACAUCAAGAAGAGGUUAAAGAACUAACAAAAUGGUGGAAAAAUUUGGGUUUUAGAGAAAAGUUGAGUUUUUCUCGAGAUAGAAUGAUGGAGAACUAUUUAUGGGCAAUGGGAAUUAUGUGGGAACCUCAAUACUCAAAAGGUAGGAAAACCCUCACUAAAUUUAUAUGCAUACUUACCGCCAUCGAUGAUAUUUUCGACAUAUAUGGAUCGCUCGAUGAGCUAGAGAGUUUCAUGAUUGCCGUGGAAAGAUGGGAUUUGAAAGCUAUGGAUGACCUCCCACAAUACAUGAAGAUAUGUUAUCUAGCUAUGUACAACUUUGGAAACGAAACCGCAUACGAUGUUUUAAGAGAUCACGACAUAGUCGUUAUAGAAUAUGUUAAGAAAGAGUGGGAAAGGCUUUGUAGAUCAUAUCUAACCGAAGCCAAGUGGUUCUAUGAUGGGUAUGAGCCAUCGCCAGAGGAGUACUUGAAAAACGCAUGGAUUUCAGUUGGUGGUCAUGGAGCCAUAGUACAUACUUGCUUACUAUUAGGGUUAUCUCCGAUUAAUGAGACGUUUUUCAACAACUCUAUUAGUGACUCUGGGCCUCUUUAUUGGUCAUGUCUCAUAACAAGGCUAAGCAAUGAUAUGGGUACAUCUAAGGCAGAAAUGGCUAGAGGAGACGUGUCAAAGUCUAUUCAUAGUUACAUGAUACAUAAGAGAGUGUCUGAAAAAAAUGCAAGAGACAUUAUCAAGUGCAUGAUGAACCAUUCAUGGAAAAAACUUAAUGAGACUAUUAUAAAGAGGUCUUGUUCCGCCAUUGUCUCAACUUUGUCGCUCAACAUGACACGAACCGCUUUAUCUAUAUACCAACAUGGGGAUGGGAUUGGCACCUCUACCGGAUCAACCAAAGAUCGCCUAACUUUAUUGAUUGUCGAACCAAUUUCUAUUUAUUAAACUGGUUUUGCAUUUCGAAAGUAUAUAUCUUGUGUGUGAUGAUUUAAGUUUCAAUGAAUUAUAUUUUUUCAGAAUUUAUCUUAUGUGACUCUCUUUCAUGUCAUGAUUUUUAAUUCACUAUUUCUUCAAUU